UUUUCACCAAAAAACAGAAAAAACGCAAUUUGGCUUCCUUCCUUUCCUUUUUGUUUUAUAUAAAAACGAUUAAAAACAAAACUUAUUUAUCUUGCGACGUCGCAAAGUGGUUUCCACAAAAAAUAAAAAUUCGUCUGCAUGCGCAAUAGAUAAUAUUACAUUACUAUACAACAAUACAUUAUUAAAUCAACUACAAACACAUAAAAAGAGACCAUCUUUUCUUCCAUCGAAUUUCCAAAUAAAAAUUCUCCAGCUUUUCAUCAACGCAACGUCGACUCAAAAUAGUUUUUCUUUUAUUCCAACAGUUUUCAGAGGACCUUCGCUUCAAACAGGACAAACACCAAAUACUCCUCUCGGUGACCAAUUAUAUAGUAUAGAAUUUGAAGAAAAAAAACUUGAGUUUUUCAUUCUCUGGAAAUCCAAUUAGGGUUUUUUAAUAUUACCUAGACUAAAAGUUACAUUCCGAAGGUUGAGUGCAAAUUUCCUUCUCAAGGAAUUUUGUGAAAAUUCCUUCACUUGAAGCAUAAGUGAAGUUCCAUCUUUUUCAGUAUACAUAAUAUAUAAAGUGAAGUGUACCUAUUUAUUAAGUGCUAACUAUCUUCAAUUCGAACGAAUAUAAAAAAGCUAGAAAAGUCUUUUUCUAUCUCAAUUUACAAUGUUUUCGGGCUUAACUAAUCAAGUAACAUCAUGGAUGGGGUCUGUGAAAGGCGAUCCUCAGGAUGAAGACGUCCCAGCACCACCUCCAAAUUCAAAUCCUACAGAACAGGCUGAACCAGCUCCAGUCGCAGCUGUCGACCCUGAACAAGCUGCUGCUGGUAUGGAACAAGGUCUAGAUGAAGAUGGUGCAGCGAAGAGAAAAAAUUUGGUAUCAUCAUUAUUUGAGAGUGGAAUGUUUUCAAAUGUAAAGGGUUGGCUAGGAAAUGCUUCUAUUCCAUCGAUGCCAGCUAUGCCAUCAAUGCCGGCAAUGCCCUCUAUGCCGGCCAUGCCAGCAAUGCCAGCUAUGCCAUCAAUACCUGGCUUAAGAAAAGGGGCCGGUGAAGAAGGUAACGUAGAAGGGCUUGCGGAACAGGGUGGAUAUGAAGCUGCUGCUGCAGUUAGUGGUGAUGAUGAAGACAAGUCGAGGUAUAUUAGUGCCACAGAAGGAGCUGACUCUCACCCUGCAUCAGGUGGUGGUACUCCAACAGAUGAUGGCCAAAUUGGACAGGGUAAGGGAGAAAAUAAAAUAACAACAAAAGUUACACAAGGUGCCAAACAUUUUGGUUCAUUCUUAUAUUCAGCUGUAAACAAAGCAGGAGCCAAAAUAAAAGAAACUGUUAAGGAUAAUACAAUACUUGGUGAAUUCAACAAAGAGCAAGAAGCAUUUAUUAAGGGACAAGGUGGCUCCGAAUCUGGACAGGCCCCCUGGGUUGGACACAGUAACGAAGCCAAAAUCAAGGAAGAAAUUAUGGGUCUAUCAUUGGAUCGUCGUAACUUUGUUCGUGCUCCACCAGCUGGCGUCGACUUCCAAUUUGAUUACGAUACUGCAUAUCCCACAGCCAUUGCAAUAAUGGCCGAAGAUCAAGCUCUUGAAAAAAUGCGAUUCGAACUUGUACCUAAAAUAAUCACAGAAGAGAACUUCUGGAGAAAUUACUUCUAUCGCGUUUCACUAAUUAUUCAAGCAGCAGAAUUGGGAACAUUGGGAGUUGAUGGCGUUGGCCAGGCUUCCAGCGAAGAUGCUAAAGUGCAAACUUCCGAAACAAAUUCAUCGUCAAGUCUAAAUACUCCUGCCCCAGAAUUGGGGCAAGAUGAUAGUAGAAAUGUAAAAGAAAAUUCGAAAACUCAUAAACAAAAAUCAAAGAAAUCGAUGAAGAGCAAUAAUAAUGAAAAUUCAGUUCAAAAAUCAAAAGCAAAACUACUUUCUGAAUCGGAAUUUGUUUCGGAUACUUUUCAAACUACAGAAACAGAUUUAGAAGAAAUUAAGGAUGGAAUGCGUAGACUCGGUAUCGACAGUAUGACGCAGCAAGCUCUAGAAAACAACGAAGAACAGUGGGAAAAGGAUCUGGAAGCUGAAUUACAAGAAUACGAAGUUGUUACAGACGGCGGUGCAUCUGGGGGCGGUGAAGGUGGCGGGGAAACAUCAAAAACGACAAUUCGCACCCGUAGUCCAUCUAACAACGAUUGGGAACAAUACGCUGAUCUUAUCGAUGAAACCGAUGAUUUAAAGUAAUUAAGAGCCUUUAUCGUAGUUUUUUCUAAGUUUUCCUGAGUUUUCUCAUUUUUUUUUGUAUUCUUUUAAUCCUUUUCCUCUGUUUCCGGGAUUUAAAUAUUUUUAAUAAUUUCUCUCAUAAAUAUAAAUAUAUAUUUACUGUACAUUGUUUUGUGUUAUAAAUAACUAUGUUUAUGAUUUUAGAACUUUAAAAAGUUUAAAAAGGGUAAUGCUAGGUUAUCGAUGAACUUAAAAACCGCCCCUUCUUCUCAACCUUCGAUAUAUAUAGGUUGAAAUGAUCUAUGAGUUAAGUUAAUGAAAAUUAAAAUUUAAAAUUUAAAGAAGAUUGUUGUAAAAUGUCAAAUAUGUGUAUUUAAAUACCUUCAACUCAAACUGUAGGUAUAGUGCGUUAUUUCGUACAAAGCAAAGUUAAAUUGCAACUUUGUUUCAAGAGAAAAAUACUACAUACAAAUAUCAUCCAAACCAUGAUUUCCAUGAUUUCCCAUGAAUUCGAUCACCAAGCAAAAUUUAUUUUCAAAAAAUUUAUUAACAAAAACAAAGAGAAAGCUAAGAUAAACAGUCAAAUUUAUAUACAUACAUAUAUAACUAUGUUUACAUAAUUUUUAAAUUAACUAAAUUAUGUAUAUAUGUAUGUAUACGUACAUAUAUGAAAAGUAAAAUAAAAAAAUAAAUGAAAAACAAUAAAAUAUAAACCAUAAAAAAAUUGAAAAGAUAAACAUUUAAAGCUCAUUUUAGAUAAAUUAUGUUAUUAUUAUAGAAAUAUAAAUAAAAAGUAUUCCAAUUAUAAUCAAAUGUUAAUUGCAAAAGAAAAAAAUAUAUAUAUAAAUAUAAUUUUUAUGAUUAUUAUGUACACAAAUAAUUUAAAAAAUGUAAAUAUUAUUAACAAAAAAAAAAAAAAAAACAAAACAAAAUUAACAAAAAAAAAAGAAAAGUUAUUUCACAAAGCUAUCUUUUUGUUUGUGUUAUUUUUUUCACAACAGAAAACUAAUGUUCAAAACCUUAGUUUUUGUGAUUAUUAAUUAUUAUAUAAAUCUAAUUUAAAAACAAAAAUAAAAGCUCUAUAUAAGAAACAAAAAAUCCAUUUUAAUUUGAGACUGUUUUUCAGCGCAAUUAUAGUUUUUAAAAUGUAUGUACAUUUUGCAUAUAUUUAUAACUUAUAUUGUAUAUGCAAUGUGUUAGCUACGAAACUGUUAUUUUUUAAAUUCUACAUAAAUAAUACAAAUUAUAAACGUAUACAUCAACUUUCUAAUGUUAUUUGCUAUUGUGUUUGUGUUAGAAUAUUUAUUUUAAUUAAAUAAGUUUCAAAGUUUAUAAUCAAUUUAACACCUUAUUUGUUUACUAAAAACAAAAGAAAACACAACGUAAAUAUGUAAAAGUUUAUUCCCUUUAUUUGUUAUAAUGAAUUUAAACAUAUAUAUUAAUAUAAUUAUACAUAUAUAUGUAUCUAUGUAUAUUGUAAAAUUUUCAAAUUUUAACUAUUAGCAAAUUAUUAUUAUUAUUAUAUAUUAAAGAUAAAACAACAAAAAUAUUUGGGAAUAUAUAUAUAUACAUACAUAUAUGUAUAUAUACUUUAAAAAUAUUGAUAUAAAUACAAAAAAUAGAAAAAGGGUUUGUUUCUUUUUGGAAAUUGGCAAUAAAAACAAAGUAAGCAAUUAAAAAAACUCCUACAAAAUACUAAUAUAUAAAAAAAGAACAUUGUACAUUAAAAAACAAUCAAAAAGAAAACACAAUAUUUAUGAUUGUUAAAGAUUUUUUUUUAUUUUUUUCUUCUAAAAAAUACAGAAAUAAUACAGUUACCGGGUGUAAGAACUACAAUAAAGAAACCGAAGAAAACAAAAAUAAAUAAGAGCAACUUUAAUUAUUAAUAUUAAUAAAGGAAAAGUGUACAACUAUUCAAAUACAAAAUAAAA